ACGUGAGAUAUUAGAUUUUACUUAUCUUCCACUUCUCCAUCUCUCUGAGCAUGUCUCUCAUGGCUUCUCCUUCCUCUUUUCCGCCUCGCAAUUACAACUUCAAUGUCUUCGCGAGCUUCCACGGGCCUGACGUCCGUAAAACACUUCUCAGUCACAUGCGUAAACAGUUUAACCGCAACGGGAUCACUAUGUUCGAUGAUGAAAAGAUUGAGAGAAGUGCAACGAUCGCCCCUUCUCUCAUCGGAGGUAUAAGGGAUUCAAGGAUCUCGAUCGUGAUUCUCUCUAAGAAAUAUGCUUCUUCAAGCUGGUGUUUGGAUGAAUUGGUGGAGAUAUUGGAGUGCAAAAAAGUUAUGGGACAAAUAGUGAUGACCAUCUUCUACGGAGCGGAUCCUUCUGAUGUGCGGAAACAGCUCGGGGAAUUCGGGAUCGCUUUCGAUGAAACAUGUGCACAUAAGACGGACGAGGAAAGGAAAAAAUGGAGUGAAGCUUUGAAUGAAGUGGGCAAUAUUGCUGGAGAAGACUUCAACCGAUGGGACAAUGAAGCAAAUAUGAUCAAGAAGAUUGCCGAAGAUGUUUCAGAUAAACUGAAUGCUACACCGUCAAGGGUUUUUGAUGGUAUGGUGGGACUUACGGCUCAUUUGAGGAAAAUGGAGUCUUUGCUAGAUUUAGAUAAUGAUGAAGUUAAGAUGGUUGCAAUCACUGGUCCUGCAGGGAUUGGUAAGACUACAAUUGCGAGAGCUUUACAAACUCUACUCUCUAAUAAGUUUCAGCUUACUUGUUUUGUGGACAACCUUAGGGGAAGCUAUUAUAAUGGUCUUGAUGUGGUGCGUUUACAAGAACAAUUUCUCUCAAAUCUUUUGAACCAAGAUGGUCUUAGGAUACGCCAUUCCGGCGUGAUAGAAGAAAGGCUAUGCAAGCAGAGAGUCCUCAUCAUUCUCGAUGAUGUGAACAAUAUAAAGCAAUUAAUGGCGUUGGCAAAUGAAACUACAUGGUUUGGUCCUGGAAGUAGGAUUGUAGUUACCACAGAGAACAAAGAGCUGUUGCAGCAACAUGGUAUCGAUAAUAUGUACCAUGUGGGGUUUCCAUCUGAUGAAGACGCUAUCAAGAUCUUAUGUAAAUAUGCUUUUAGAAAAAACUCUCUUUAUCAUGGUUUUAAAAAGCUUGCUAAAAGAGUAAUAGAGCUUUGUUGUAAUCUUCCAUUGGGUCUCUGUGUGGUGGGUUCAUCUUUACGUGGUAAGAAUGAGGAGGAGUGGGAACAAGUAAUACACAAGCUAGAAACUAAUCUUAAUCAAGAUAUCGAGGAAGUACUAAGAAUCGGUUAUGAGAGUUUAGAUGAGAAUGAGCAAUCUCUGUUUCUCCAUAUUGCAGUCUUCUUCAACCAUAAAGAUGGUGAUCAUAUGAAAACCAUGUUUGCUGAGAGUGACUUGGAUGUCAAACACGGAUUGAAAAUCCUUGUAAACAGAUCUCUCGUAGAGAUAUCUACGUACGAUGGAAGAAUAAUGAUGCACAGAUUACUACAACAAGUGGGUAAAAAAGCCAUUCAUAAACAAGAGCCUUGGAAACGCAAGAUCUUAUUAGAUGCUCCAGACAUUUGUGAUGUUCUUGAACGUGCCACAGGUACUAGAGCUAUGUCCGGCAUAUCAUUUGAUAUAUCUGGUAUCAAUGAAGUAUCUAUAAGCAAGAAGGCUUUUCAAAGAAUGCCUAAUCUUCGAUUCCUCAGAGUCUAUAAAAGUAGAGUUGAUGGCAAUGAUAGAGUGCAUAUACCUGAGGGGAUGGAGUUUCCCCACCGUCUAAGGUUACUAGAUUGGGAGGAGUACCCAAGAAAGAGUCUUCAUCCCACAUUUCAUCCUGAAUAUCUUGUCGAACUCAAUUUUGAGAAUAGCAAGCUCGAGAAGCUUUGGGAAGGAAGAGAGGUCCUUACAAAUCUCAAGAAGAUUAAUUUGGCAUUGUCCCGGAAUUUGAAGAAACUCCCAGAUCUUACGUAUGCUACAAAUCUGGAGGAAUUGAGUCUUUUACGCUGCGAGAGUUUGGAAGCGAUUCCAUCCUCUUUUUCGCAUCUUCAUAAACUGCAUAGGUUAUUGAUGAAUAGCUGCAUAAGCAUAGAAGUCAUUCCAGCUCACAUGAACUUGGCAUCCCUUGAACAAGUCUCCAUGGCAGGAUGCUCAAGUUUGAGAAAUAUUCCACUUAUGUCAACGAACAUUACCAACCUCUAUAUCUCAGACACAGAGGUGGAAUACUUGCCCGCAUCAAUUGGGCUUUGCUCUCGUCUUGAGUUUCUCCAUAUAACAAGAAAUAGAAACUUCAAGGGAUUAUCACAUCUCCCCACGAGUUUAAGAACACUAAACCUAAGGGGUACAGAUAUUGAAAGGAUUCCAGAUUGCAUCAAAGAUCUUCAUCGGCUAGAAACCCUUGAUCUAUCUGAAUGCAGAAAACUCGCAUCAUUACCAGAGCUCCCUGGUUCGCUCAGUUCCCUAAUGGCAAGAGACUGUGAAUCACUAGAGACCGUAUUUUGCCCUAUGAACACUCCAAAUACGCGCAUCGAUUUCACCAACUGCUUCAAAUUGUGCCAAGAAGCACUAAGAGCAAGUAUCCAACAAUCGUUUUUUCUCGUAGACGCGCUCUUACCAGGAAGAGAAAUGCCUGCAGUGUUUGAUCACCGUGCCAAAGGAAAUUCAUUGACCAUUCCUCCAAACGUUCACAGGUCCUACAGCCGCUUUGUGGUUUGCGUCCUGUUUUCCCCUAAACAGCAAUUCACAGAAGGACUAUUGCAUAGACCCAUAGGCGGAUGGGACUUGAAUCCCGUUGAGGGCGUAGUCUUAGUAGACAGUCGUUAUGUCUCCACAUGUCGAAGGGAACAUCUAUUUAUAUUUCGCUCUCGCUUCCCAUUUAACGAACCCUCUGACGUGAGUAGAAAGAUGGUGUUCAAAUUCAGCAGGGAAUUCCAAGAGUUCGACAUUAUUGAAUGUGGCGCCAAGAUCUUGACCGACGAGAGCAUGGAAAAUAGCUAUGAAUCUGGAUCAGACCAAGUGUUUGAAGAAGAGGGCCUCGGAUGGAGCUAUGAAUCUGGAUCAGAUCAAGUGUUUGAAGAAGAUAGCCUCGCAUGGAGCUAUGGAUCUGGAUCAGACCAAGUGUUUGGAGAGGACAUUGAGUUUCAACCCAGCGAAGAAGCCUUUGUAGAUGAAACUAAUAUUGAUGAUAUUUCAAAUGGAGUAAUCUGUGUCUCCAAAGAAGUCGAGAAUCUCGAAGGCGAAAAACGCGCAGAUUGUUGGAGUUGGCUCUUCCUCUGCUUCGAUCUCUCGGUUUUGCCGUUUUGGGGAAGAAGACGAUAGAAUCCGGAAACUGAUGACGUGGCCAUUCUCCGUUUUAUCAUGUCAGAUUGAAGCUCAAAACAUAUGGGCUUAUUAUUAUGGGCCAAAAAGCCGUUUAUGUGUAAGCCCAGUUAAUUUCGCAAGACUUCUUUAACAAAAGUA